AUGUUUGAAUCAGUUUGUCUUCAAUUCUCCAACUCCUACUGGUCGGCAGACUACAAGUCAGGCAUCGACCGUCUCUGCGAGCAGAGCUUGCGGUCUGUGCAGCAGACUCACGAGCUCCGCCAACUCGUGUUCAAUUACAUGAACUACUUCCAUUCCAACAGCGAGUACCUCACCAAGCUAACCAUUGAUUCGCUCCCAUUGGAGAGCACUUUCCGGCCCUACACCCGCAGCACCAACAGCGACGUCUCGCUCUUGGGCUCUCCUGGAAGGGCCAGGAGCAACAAUGCAUUCAAGCGCUUCAGCGACUCGUUCCGCUCGGUAUCCUCCAACGAGCACAACUUGGCUGAAAUUCUCGAGAAACCAGAACACACUGAGUCAUCUUUGGUGUCCAUUGGAUCCACCUUCGAGUUGUAUGUCCGCAGCUUGGCUGCCGAAUCUAAGACCUUGAUGAAACUAGCAGGCGUGAUCGAUCGCGAGGUGUUGGAGAAGAUAUCGGCAUUCAUCAAGGUCAACGAGCCCCAGGUGCGCAAGAUUGUGGACAGCUACCACGAGUUGUUCUCCAACUACGAGAGCACGUACAAGGAAGUCGAAAAGUUGAAGAGCCAGUAUGACGAGCUCGUCAGAUUGCAAGAAAUCUCGGAGACCGAACCUCCCAGGCAUGAACAAAAGGACGAGAACUCCAACGACGACUCCUUCAAUUCGUCCUACGACAGAAGUGUGGACGAACUGACAGACGUGGUCGAACAGGCAUCUCCAUCGCCCGAGGAGUUGGACUUCAAAUUCCCCCUCCACAUCGGUUCCGUAAAGGUUUCCAACGCAUCUGAUUUGAGCUCCAUCAUCAAGAAACUCAUUACUUCCAUACCGACAGUCAGAAGAAAAAUCCCUAUUCCUGGGUACAAGAAUGAGAUCUUCAGUAGUGAUCUGUUGUGUGACUACAUCACCAAGUAUAGGCCAUUUCCAAUCGAGCCCACCAGAGUCAACCUUGAGAAGUUUGGGCAGUCAUUGUUAGACCACAAGCUUUUGGUGGGAACUGGAUUUCUUGGUGCCAACAAGUUUAAAAGUGAAGGUCUGUGGUAUGAAUGGUCCGAUUUAGCAGUCUUCACAUCCCAGUAUCAGCAAAGCCAAUCAGACCUACAGGUUCCCAGCGAGUCCACUGGAUCAACAUCGCAACCCCAAACUCCAAAGAAAGCUCCAAAGAUUGUCAUCGAUGAAAGCACCGCCAAAUUCAUGAAUGAAACUUCCAAGAGAUUCAAUGGUAUGUUUAAGUCAGUCAGAUCUUCAUUGAUGAAGAGCAACUAUGCUGAGCAGUUGGUAGAAGUAGAGAAUGACUACAAUGAGUCCUAUGAAGAGCUUCAGCGUCUUAAGCAUCUCUUGGAUUUGGAAAUUUUGCAGAACUCCCAGGUUUUGGAAAAGUUUGAAAGAACGAAGAUAGAGCUAAUCUAUCAGAGUUUGGCUAAACUACUGGAAAUUGUUUACAAUUUCUCCUUGACUUCCACAAAUGCAUUGCACAAGUUGGCCAUUGAAUUUAUAGAAAAGGUCAACAAGCCUGACAAUUAUCAAAAUGAUUUCGAUAAGUUAAUUGAGGAUUUCACAACUGGUAUUUAUUUUCCUUCGAUUGUCUCUCCUAACAAUCUCACCAAAAGACACUUCAGCACAAAUCAAUCCAACAAUAACUUUCAAAACUUAAGACGGCAAUUUAAUCUCUACAAGGACAUUCAACUUCAUUUGCAGUUAUCAAACUUGGACGACGACAAGUCACAAUUGUUGACCAUCGCUUCUAUCCCCCAAUUUUUGUACAACUUAGUCAAGCUUAUCGAGGAAAGUACUGAAGGGGAUGUUUCUAAUAUUUCUAGUGCAUGGUCCAGUCCAUUAGACCAUCAAAAUUAUUGGACUGUUAAAGAACAGGUGAUUGGUGCAAUAAACCAAUAUGAACCUGCGUCUGAUAUCGACACUUCUCAAGAACAAGUUGUACACAAGGACAUUUUGGACAAGGUUUUGGUGAGUUUGAAACCAUUAUCCACAUUCAAGCUUGUUAACUUUUUGAAGAAUUGGCUUCUUGAAAUCAGCGACUCAUUGAUUCCAUGUUUAGUUUAUGACUCAGUGAUUAGUCUCUAUAAAUUGCCAAACCAGAAUGAAGGCGAAAACAAGAAUUCCAGAGUUAAUGAGCUUACCAGAAUCAUAGGGUCGGUUCCCAGAAGCAACUUGGCAUCAUUGAUAUUUAUGUUGGAGCACAUUGGUGCAGCAUUUAAAUUGGGGGUCAUUGAGUCAUAUGAAACAGCCGACGAUCUACCAAUCACAUCCUUGGACGAGGUUGACCUGAAGGACGCUGUCACUCUGUUGAAUCAGAUGGAAGCUAUUGGUGCUAUUCCAUUUAUCCAUUUGAUAUUCAGACCUUCGGCGGUGAAAAAUUCCUCUGGAUUUAAGCCACCAUUGGAAAUAUAUGGCGAGUUGCUUGGUGACCUAUUAAGCUUGGAGGUAAGAACAAAGUUGCUCAAAACUUUGAUCAACAAUGAGAAGAAUUAUAAAACCAAGCGGGACAAUGAGAAGUUUGGUUUACAAAAGAAACUUCCAAGUAUUCCACCUCCUACGAUUUCUACCGAGCCUCCAACCACUCCAUCUAAGAACCCAACGCGUACAAUCAUCAGUGGAUCAGUCCCCAAGAGUCCAAGACCUCUAAGCGGUGAUAACUUUGCAUUGAGGCCUUUUAGAACCAGAGCUACUCCAAAUCCAUCUCCUAGCACAUCUCCCAGACAUACUCCUCAGAGCUCUGUGGACUUGAAUGGAACUGGUGACAACAGGAUAAGGAAAAGAGACUCGAUACCGCUUCCAAGGGAGUCUAGCAGUGGCAGACCCAGAAGUACCAGCAACUCAUUGACUCCAAGUAUAGAUGUGGAGUUUGAGUAA